GAACAAAGUGAAGAGGACGUCACCAAGCGCGGGAUCGAAAAUUCUGGCGGCUCCGAAGAACAGCGACGAAUCAGAGAAAACUUAUUUGUAACUUGCUGGAAAAGAAAAGAAGCACCAUUUUUGAAAAGUACAAGAAAGGAAACUGACCCACAGAGAAGAACGAAACAAACCCAAAGCGAAGAUCGUAGGAAAGAGAAAGAGUUGGAAAGAUAGAAAGGGGAAGAACGCAGUGGGGGAAAGAUGGUGCUGUGGGAGAUCACAUUGGGAACCGCUUAUUUCUUGGGGCUCAAACGAACUUACAGGCUUGCUUUGAGGAUUCAGCGACGGAUUAUUAGCCCUAAGCAUCCUAGGAUCCGACAGUUUGUCCAAAGACGAACACGAGCUGCAUUUGAUGUGGCACUCAAAGUUCACCGGAACAUACAGCAGAGAGACCUAGAAGUUGGUCGGAAUCUUGGUAACUGGAUCCUGCGGUGGCUUGACAAAAUGAAACCUUCAGCUCAGAUCCGAGUUCCACCCCAGCAGAAACCCCACCAUCAUGCUGGCAAUGCAAAAAUGAACAUUUCAAAGCAAGUGACAAAUUCACCCCCAUUGAAAACUCCUGGAAGCAUCAUGACACCUAGAAACCAUGAAGCCGAUAGACAUCUUUUUAGCACAUCAACAAAUAUGUGGUCUACAUCCUUACCCACAAUUGCAUUGAUGAUGCGGCCACCAAGGGCUGCUGGGAACAUGAUCCAAUACAGGCAUUUGAGUAUCAAUGGACAUGACACAUUGAGGGUGAAUUACGCAAGAGGUGAGGGAGUUAUCAGAAAGGAUAUAAUGCAAUGGAUGCUGCACAAGUGAUGGUGAGAACUGAAAACUGUGUUCUGUUUUGCAUUUUCGGACUAUCAAAACUGUGAGACUGUUGUGGAAGCGCUAAGUUGGAUGGUGUUUUGUUUCGAAAUAAAAGAAACACAUUGCUUCGGAUGCUGCAAGACUUCUUCUGAAGGCUUCUUCCAUGGGAUAAUAAAUUUUCCUCAUCAUCUGCCUUUUGUGUAUUCUUUUAGAGCCUCCAUUUUUCAGACAGUAGUUGACUUGAGAUCAGGGAUUAUUUGAUUGUUUUAGCAUGAGGUUCUGGCUGUCGCCCUGUUAUACAAAUCUGGGAAUCCAAGCUUUGUUAUCUUGUCAUACGUGCCCCUGCCACACAGCUGAUGCGUACGAAAUUAAAUGAAUAUUUCUUUGGCUAUAACCUUUAAAGAAAUUAAUAUUGAUUGUC